GACGCGUCAAAAACCGACCUGUCAAAAUGUUGUACCAAGGCUGAAUUAAUAGACUUUUUUGAAGUUGCUUAUGAAGAUUUUGGUUUAUUAAUGACAUUUUGGGAACGCGGUGGAGUAUUAAAAGUAGGAUCUUGA